CAUCGAAAGCCAUUCAGUACGGCUGCUGCAGCGGCAUCGAUAGUGAUCAGCAGCGGUGCCGAUUAUACUUGCAACGAACUCAGUUAUCCAGUUGAGCGAACUCUGCUUGACGCGCACUGCUAGCAAAAAAAAAGCACAAGACACAGCAGCAACCAUGCAGCACGCCGCAGUGGCUCAAAACCUGGCAGAGGAAGUCGCAAAGGUCGCCGACCAACUCAAAGACUUCGAGCUGCGCGCCAUCUCCGCUGCCGGGCGCGGCCUUACCGCUCGUGCCGAUGCUGCUUUGGAAUCGAGGCGCGAGUGGCCGCCGGCGCGGGUCCAGCCGGAGCUCAUCCUGCAGUUUCUGACGUCGCCAGACGUCGCGUCCGGGCUGCGGGUCUGCGUCCGCUGGAGCGAGUCAGCUGAGGCCGCCUGCCGUUUAGUUGCUCUGCGAUCCCGGGCGCAAGAGCUCGCGGCGGCCAUAGAUCCAGACUACAUGCAGCGGCACCCCGCCCUCACUUGGGAGAUGCGCAAGAGUCUGGUAGACUGGAUUGCGGCGGUCCAUCACAGUCGCAGAUUUUCUCCUGAGGUGCUGUUUCUCGCAGUGCGCAUUAUCGAUGAAUACCUUGCUGUCGCAGAACCUGUUUUGCAGCCUAAUUUGCAGCUCGUGGGUGUGGCGGCGCUCGCCCUCGCGUGCUUCCGCGAGAGUGAUUCCCAUAUUGUGCUCCACGCGCUGCACCUCCACGAAAUCGCACUUAGCGCCGACAACGCCUACGACGGACCCACCAUCCUUGCAAUGGAAAAGACGAUAUCCCAAGCACUCGCGGACGGAAAUGCAACGUAUGCAUCUUCUUCGGUUCGUACCGUCAUGAUGUCGUACCUCAAGGCGGAGAGCUCCGACGACGACUGUUACAUGGUGUGGAUCGCCUCGUGCGUCGCCGAGCGGAUGCUCCUGGAGCACAAGAUGCUCAAAUACUUGCCGUCGAUGGUCGCUGCAUGUGCGGUCUACGUCGCGCGCGGCAGCCUCGACAAGACUGCCUGGACGAAAACUCUCGAGCGCUGCUCGCAGUACUCCGCGGACGACCUGCGAGCUUGCCUCGAGGACGUGAAACAUUUCAUGGUUGUACACAGGCGUUCGACAGAAACUGUCAAUGAAUUAAUUGUAUACGUUAAGUACAGGAACAGGCGGCUUGGCGCGCCUGCGAUGAUUCCGCUCAGGAUCGGCGAAUGGUCAUAUAACCGCCAAUUGGACCUCGAAGUUCCACCCGAUUACGACAAAUCGCCCUUGCUUUACCCGGUUUCGGCGAAUAGGGCGGAACUGGAGAUGUAUUCGCGUCUACCAGUGCCCCGCAUGCGGCCUCGGCCCGGACGACGCGGGGUGACCCCGACGGCACCGAGGGAACCCCAGGAGGACUCCGGCUCGUGUGUCACUAUGUAGUGUAAGAAAGCAAUAACAAUGAGG